AUGGCAAGAUUACAAGAAAGAGGGUCAGUAGUUAAAUUGAUCCAAUUUAAAUUGUUUUCAUUUUUAUCAAGUAGAUUUGGUAUGCUAUUUUGCAUAAUUGGGGUGUUUAUAAGUUUCAAUACAAUACUUCAAUUAGUUCGAUUGUAUACAGAUAAUUCAUUUAUUUCAUCAGAUAUUUAUAAUCAAAAACCAACUUUUUUUUCACAAUCAUAUUGGGAAGAUAAUGUAGGAGGUAAAUCAUAUCAAAAUAUAUUAUGUUCACAACCAAUUGAUAUUGUAUAUACAUGGGUUAAUGGAAGUGACCCUAAAUUAAUUAAAGAAGUUACAGAAUUAAAAAGAUCAAAACGUGAUCCAUUAAUACCAGAAUGUCAAGGUAAACAAACACCAGAAAAAGAUAAAUGUUAUAGAGAUGAUAAUACAGCAAGUAGAUAUGUUGAUAAUCAAGAAUUAAAAUAUUCAUUAAGAUCAAUUGAAAAGUUUGCACCAUGGAUUAGACAUGUAUAUAUUGUGACCAAUGGACAAGUACCAAAUUGGAUCAAUUUAUCGAAUCCUAAAUUAUCGAUUGUUACACAUCAAGAGAUAUUUGCAAAUAAAUCACAUUUACCAACAUUUUCAUCACCAUCGAUUGAAACUCAUCUUCAUCGUAUUCCAGGUUUAAGUAAGAAAUUCAUCUAUUUGAAUGAUGAUGUUAUGUUGGGUCGUGAAAUUUAUCCAGAUGAUUUUGUAACUCAAAAUGGUGGUCAAAGAGUUUUCCUAAGUUGGCCAGUUCCAAAUUGUAAUGAUGGUUGUCCAAAUAAUUGGAUAGGUGAUGGAUUUUGUGAUAAUGCAUGCAACGUUUUCAAUUGUGAAUUUGAUGGCGGUGAUUGUGAUAAUUCUACAGGUACUGUCAAAACACGUUGGUGGAAUCGUGGUAACAAUGGUGGUGGUACCACCACUUCUACUACCACCACAUCAAAUACAGGCAAUUUAAAUGGUUUAACUUCAAAUGAUAGAUUAAAAUCAUAUUGUUCAAGAGGUUGUCCAGAUUCAUGGGUUGGCGAUAAACAUUGUGAUCGUAUGUGUAAAAAUGAAGAUUGUGGUUACGAUGCUGGUGAUUGUGGUGUUGAACUUAUGUUUACCUCUAUGAAAGGUUAUGAAAUUAAUAAAAACACAAGUAUAAUUAGUUUACCCGAUGGUACUCGUUCAGUCUAUUUCAAUCUUUCAACCUUAAUUGGUGAAGGUACAAUCACUGAUGGUUCACAUGAUAAUGCAAUUUUAGUUAGAACUGCAACUAUCUCUCAAAAAUAUAAAAUUAUGACUUUAACUUUUCAUAGAGAUAAAGAAUUUCAAAAUAUUGCAGUUUCAAUAACUUAUGAAAUUACUUCAAAAAAACAAAAAUCAAUAACAACAACAACUACUAAUUCAACAACUAAUUCCACAAUAACAACAAUUGAUAGUUUAGAUAAAGGUAAUACUAAUAGCGAACAAGAAGAAUUAAUAACAGAAUCAAUUGAAAAGAAUUUUAAUAUAACUUUAUCAACAAAGGAAGAAUCAUCCUCCUCCUCAUCAUCAUCAAUAUCAUCAAAAGAAAAGAAAGUUGAUUUAGAAAGUGAUAAAACAAAUCAACAAACAUUAAUAGGUACAGGUGAAGAAUUAUCACCAUCACCAACAGUUGAAUCAAAUAAAGGUAAAUCAAAUUUUUCAACAAAAGCUAUAGAUCAACUUGGUGAUGAAAUAAUAUCACCACCAAUUGGCUCAAUUGAAGAUGUUGAAGGUUUACCACCAGCAUCAAUUAGAGAUAGAGAAGAGAUUAUUACAGGUAAUGAACAAGUUAAAGAUCCAAAUAAUGAAAAACAACAACAACAACAACAACAACAACAACAACAACAACAACAACAACAACAACAACAACAACAACAACAACAACAACAACAACAACAACAACAACAACAAAACCAAAAUAACCAAUUAACAUCAUCAGAAAAUAAAGAUCAAAAAGAUUAUAAAAUAAAUAAAAAAUUAUCAAAAAAUGAUCUUGAUACAGCUCAACAACAAGAAGAACAAAAAGAACAAGAAGAACAAAAAGAAAAUAAAGAAAAAAUGUUUGAUUUAGCAGAUACAUUAGAUAAAGAAGAACUGGAAAAAAAAUGGCAAGAAUUUUAUGACUCUGUUAAAAAGAGCCAAGAAAAUUCGAAUUUAAAUGAAAAUGAAAAUACAAAUACAAAUACAAAUAGAGGCAUUUUAUCAAUUGAAAUUGAUAAUAGUUUAGAUUAUAAUGAUCAUUUACAAUUACAUGAAGAAAAAGAAAAAGAAAAAGAGGAAAAUGAAAAUGAAAAUAAAAAUGAAGAAGAAGAAAAAGAAGAAGGAAAUGAAAAAAAUUAUAAUAAUCAAAAUGAUAAUUUUAAAUUAAUUAAUCAAAAUGAUAAUAUAAUUUUAAAAAAUAAUAAAUUUAGCGUAAAUAACGAUAAUGAAGAUAAAGAUGAAAAAAAUAAAGAUGAUGAUAAUAUUGAGAAAAUUUUAAAAAUAAAAGAAAUCGAAUUAAGAGAAUAUCAAGAACAAUUAACAGAACAAAUGGAACAGGAUAGAAAAUAUAGAAUUAAUAAAGAAACUGAGAAUAGAAUGAAUCAAGAGGGUGAAAUUUUCCCAUGGGAGGAGUUCACACCAAUCGAUGAUGGUAAUCAAAUUAAUAGUAUUAAAUCAAAACCAAUGAAUAGAAAACCAUUGGAUAUGUUUGGAGAUUCAUUAAAAUUUGUAAAUAGAUUAUAUUCCAAAGAGUUUGGAUCAUCACCAAGAAAAGUACCGGCACAUAUGCCACAUAUGAUUGAUGUUGAUGUUAUGUACGAAAUUCAAGCGAAAUGGCCAGCUCAAUGGGACGCAACGAGUUCUCAUAGUUUAAGACAUCCACAAGAUAUGCAAUAUGCUUUCUCUUUCUUUUAUUAUUUAAUCAAUAAGAAGCAAACCGUUGAUGUUGAUAAACUUUGGAAAGAUUGGGAUGGUGAUCGCGACAAUGUGUUGAAUGAUAAUGAAUUGCGUACUUUCUCUGUCAACGUUUAUAAUGUACCACUAAAAGUUGGUCAAUUUGAUCAAAUUAAAAAUUACUUUUAUCAUAUUUGUAUUCAACAUAAAUUACUCACAAAUGUUGAACAGGGCAUUGAUAUAGAGGCUACACUUGAAAGAUUGAAUAGAAAUCAUUCUGCCGAUGCUCCAGAUCCAAAAGAUAGAGAGUAUUGUCCAAUCACAUUGGAUGUAAUCAAAUCUGAUAAUAAAACAAUGGAAGAUAUAAAGAAAUACUAUUCUAAAAAGCAAUUCUAUAAAACUACUCUCGAUGGUACCGAUGAAGUUGCUUUCCUUAUGAUUGAUAAUGAUUACAAUGUUGUGCAAUCUAAACUUGAUGGAAUUCGUCAAAGACGUCAAAAAUUCAUUUGCCUAAAUGAUAAUAUCGAUCAUGCAAGUCCAAACAAUUCCAAGGUUGUACAAGUAUUACACAAUUUUUAUGAUUCUCUCUUUGCAUUACCUUCUUCCUUUGAAUUACCUCCUGGUCAAUUCAAUAAUUUCCAAUACAUUGAAGAUUUUAAAGCUGAUGUCGUAGAAAUUCGUACUAAAAAUUAUAAUAGUUAUUAUUUCAUGGUUUCUGUUUCAUUAGCUUUAUUAUUUAUCCUAUGGAAAUGUAAAUGUUCAACUUCAUUACACAAAUCAAAAUUUAAAAAAGGUUUACCAACAAGAAUGAGUGUUCAUUAA